AUGUGUGGAAGCAUUGUUAGUGGUGAUCAAUCGUGGAUUUACUGUUAUGAACCAGAAAAUAAACGACAGUCGGCUGUUUGGGUGUUCCAAGGUGAAGAAAAGCCAACAAAAGUCAUCCGUUCUCGAAGUGUUUCGAAAAAGAUGGUCGCGACAUUUGUGUCAAAAGCGGGUCAUAUUGCAACAAUUCCUCUUAAUGAGCAAAGAACUCUUCGAAAAAUCAACCCCGAAAGAAGAAUCAUCCUCCACCAAGACAAUGCAAGCUCGCACACUGCCCAAAAAACAAGGCAGUAUUUAACGGAAGAAAAUGUGGAACUAUUGGACCAUCCUCCACAUAGUCCCGAUCUAAGUCCUAACGAUUUCUUUACUUUCCCGAAAAUUAAAAACAGACUGCGUGAAGAAGCAGUUGACGCAUUCAAAAAUGCCGUUUUGGAUCUGCCAGCAAACGAGUGGAAUAAGUGCUUCGAAAAUUGGUUCGAGCGCAUGCAGAUGUGUAUUAAUCUUCGAAAAACAAUAAAGUCAUUUAAAACUAACAACCGUGUUGUUUUAUUUUCAGAUGCAAAACUUAAAAGACAUCCCUCGUACAAAAAAUUGCUUUUGCGAUACCGAAAAAUGACCUGA